GACCUCAUCAUCCUCGGCGCCUCCGGCUUCACCGGCAAGUACGUCGUCAAAGAAGCCCUCAAGUUCCUCAACACUCCCUCCUCACCUCUCACCUCUCUCGCCUUAGCCGGCCGCAACCCCACCAAGCUCUCUCAAACCCUCACAUGGGCCGCCGCCCCAAACCCUCCACCGCCCUCCGUUCCCAUCCUCACCGCCGACACCUCCGACCCUCAGUCCCUCCGCCGCCUCUGCUCCCAAACCCACCUCGUCCUCAACUGCGUGGGACCCUUCCGCCUCUACGGCGAGCCCGUCGUCGCUGCAUGCGUGGAAAGCGGCUGCGACUAUCUCGACAUAUGCGGAGAGCCGGAGUUCAUGGAGAGGAUGGAGGCGAGUUACUUUGAUAAGGCGGCGGAGAAGGGUAGUUUGGUCAUUUCGGCAUGCGGGUUUGACUCUGUUCCGGCGGAGCUUGGAGUGAUGUUUAACUCGAGGCAGUGGGAGGGGGCGGCGGUACCGAAUAGGGUGGAGGCUUAUUUGAGCUUGGAGAGUGAUAAGAGGAUUGCGGGGAACUUUGGGACGUUUGAGUCGGCGGUGUUGGGUGUGGCCAAUGCGGAUAAGUUGAUGGAGCUCCGGCGGUCCAGGCCAAAAAAACCGAGGCCGCAAAUUCCUGGUCCUCCUCCUUCUAAAGGACCAAUUAUUGAACACCAGAAAAAGAUUGGUCUUUGGGCUGUGAAGCUACCUUCAGCAGAUGCUAUUGUUGUACGAAGAACACUUGGUGCUCUGACUGAAAAUCCUGGUGGUCUUCCAGGGAGGAAUGAGACUGAUGAACAUAUUAAGAAAAGAGAAGCCUUCUGGUCAACAGUGAAGCCAGCUCAUUUUGGGGUGAAGAUGGGCACCAAGUCUCUGUUGGGCAUUAUUCGGAUCAUGAUUGUUGGACUCUUUCUUGGGCUCUUGGGUCAAUUUUCCUUUGGGAGGUGGCUGCUUUUAAAGUUUCCCUCAUUCUUCAGUGUUGGAUGGUUCAGAAAGGAGGGUCCCUCAGAUGAGGAGGUGAGAAGUGCUUCUUUUAAGAUGUGGUUUGUUGGACAUGGUUUCAGCGACAGGAGUCUUGUUUCUCAGGGAAACACAAAACCUGAUAUGGAAAUAGUAACAAGAGUUAUGGGACCUGAAAUUGGAUACCUAACGACCCCGAUAAUUCUACUUCAAUGUGCUCUUAUUGUUUUGAGCCAACGUGACGACCUUCCAAAGGGAGGAGUUUUCCCAGCUGGGAUUGUAUUUGGACCAACUGAUCUUCAAGAAAGGCUUCAAGAAAAUGGAGUUACUUUUGAUGUUAUAUCGAAGAAUGCUAUUUCUCAUUAACAGGUACAUACUUUCUGAAAAAAUAUAUCUGUAGUUGGAAGUACCCAUGAAACAGUAACUUGUAAUAAAAGAGUAUUUAUUUUGCUUGCUUAUUACAGUUCGGUUCCAGUUGAUGAGAUUACAGUUUGAUCUUUAUUUGAUUGCAUAGUUGUUCUAC